AUGAAGUGCCAGUUUCGUUAUUUUUUUUUAUUCCUAAUAUCCUUAUUUUUUUUUAUGAACAGUUUACAGUUUAAUUUUAAUUUUAUAAAGCCAAGUAAUAAUGUGUCUGAGCGUGGAGAGACAAAAGGAGAAAACAUACAAUAUGUUGAUAAAUGUGUAAGUAGUAUAAUUUUCGACAUAAUUAAUAGCAAUAUCAGUAUUAAAGAUUUACCUUCUUAUAUUUUACUAAUAACUUCAAAAAAAAAUAAUAUAAAAAAUAUUUUUGAUAAAAUUAUAUAUGAUCAAGACUUAUCAAUAAUUGUCAAAGAGUCUGGUAGUUAUAUCUAUUUGAAUUAUCUCAAAACUGUUAUUUUUACUAUUAAUGAAAAUACAAAUAUAAAAUAUUUAAAGAGAAUUUUAAAAGUACUUAUAGACAAUGAUGUAUGCAUAGAAUUUGAUCAGAGAGUCAGAAUUUUAUAG